GCAGGGGCGGAAGGGUUUGCGGGUCGGAGCCCUGAGUUCAGGCAGGGGCGGAAGGGUUUGCGGGGCGGAACCCUUGAGUUCAGGCAGGGGCGGAAGGGUUUGCGGGUCGGAGCCCUUGAGUUCAGGCAGGGGCGGAAGGGUUUGCGGGUCGGAGCCCUGAGUUCAGGCAGGGGCGGAACCCUUGAGUUCAGGCAGGGGCGGAACCCUUGAGUUCAGGCAGGGGCGGAAGGGUUUGCGGGUCGGAGCCCUGAGUUCAGGCAGGGGCGGAAGGGUUUGCGGGGCGGAACCCUUGAGUUCAGGCAGGGGCGGAAGGGUUUGCGGGUCGGAGCCCUGAGUUCAGGCAGGGGCGGAAGGGUUUGCGGGUCGGCUUCCGGCCUGUUGCCGGAAGCAGCGCGGUGUGCCGAAGCAAUGGCCAGCUUGGUCCGGGACCCGGCCAUUGAUCGCUCGCUGCGCUCCGUGUUCGUGGGAAAUAUUCCAUAUGAAGCUACAGAAGAACAAUUGAAGGAUAUUUUCUCUGAAGUUGGUCCAGUGUUGAGUUUCAGACUUGUGUAUGACAGAGAAACUGGGAAACCCAAAGGUUAUGGCUUCUGCGAGUACCAGGAUCAGGAAACUGCACUCAGUGCCAUGCGCAAUCUCAAUGGGAGGGAAUUUAAUGGAAGAGCAUUGCGUGUGGACAAUGCUGCUAGUGAAAAGAAUAAGGAAGAGCUCAAGAAUCUUGGUACAGCAGGCCCUGUCAUGGAGUCUCCUUAUGGUGAUCCAGUCUCUCCAGAAGAUGCUCCAGAGUCCAUCAGUCGUGCUGUAGCCAGCCUUCCACCUGAGCAAAUGUUCGAACUCAUGAAGCAAAUGAAGCUGUGUAUUCAGAACAGUCCUCAGGAAGCUCGUAACAUGCUUCUUCAGAAUCCUCAGUUAGCAUAUGCGCUUUUGCAGGCACAGGUAGUCAUGAGAAUUGUCGAUCCUGAAAUUGCCAUGAAAAUGUUACAUCGACCAGCUAAUGUGACGCCACUGAUUUCAUCUGGCCAACCUACAGCAGGACCAAAUGCAGCCUCGGUUCAAGCUGCUCCUCCAGUCUCCCAGCCACAGCCAAUGAGUGGGAUGCAUGUGAAUGGGGCUCCUUCCAUGAUGCAGCAACCUAUGCAGCCUGCAGCAUCUGUUCCUGGGCCAGGACCAGUACAGGGUCCAGGGGGGCCAUUACCUGGGCCUGGACCUGGACCUGGACCUGGACCUGGACCGGGACCAGUUGGGCCUGGAGGAAACAUGCAGCCGCAGAUGGGUCUUCCGCAGUCAGGACCUGUGCCAAUGGAUAGAGGACAAGGAAGUAUGCACUCACCUGUGGCCUCUGCAGGGACUGCACAGAUCGAGAGAGGACAAGUCCCAAUGCAGGACCCCAGAGGCAACAUGCAGAGGGGUCCACCAGUAGGUGGGGCUCCGGCUCCACGAGGUUUAUUAGGAGAUGCACCAAAUGAUCCACGUGGAGGAACUCUGCUUUCUGUCACUGGGGAGGUGGAACCAAGAGGAUAUAUCGGUCCCCCGCAUCAGGGCCCACCCAUGCACCAUGUGCCUAGUCAUGAUGGCAGAGGACCUCCUGACAUGAGAAAUGCCCAUGAACCACGAGGAAUGCAACAUGACAUGAGAGCAGGGCCAAUGGGAGAACAGAGAGGACCCAUUGGUGAACAGAGGGGCCCAAUGGGUGAGCCACGUGGGCCAAUGGGUGAGCCACGUGGGCCAAUGGGUGAGCCACGUGGGCCAAUGGGUGAGCCACGUGGGCCAAUGGGUGAGCCAAGAGGUCCUAUGGGAGAUCCAAGAGGGAUGAUGGGAGAUCCACGGGGUCCAAUGAUGGAUCAGAGGGGACCUCCUCAUGAAUCUAGAGGCACUAGAGAUCCCAGAGGUAUUGAUUCAAGAGGUAUUGACACAAGAGGACCAGGGCCGGGGCCAGGGCCGGGACCAGGGCCAAAUCAGGGCCCAGUCUCAAAUCCAAGAGGGCCAAUGGCAGGAGGUCUCCAGGUUCCAGGUCCUGGCACUCAUCAAAUAGGGAACAGUGGCCCUCAGGGAUCCCAACAACCUGGUCCACCUCGACAGGGUCCUACUCAUGCGGUGGCUGGGGGUCAACCUGGAGGAUUCAGUCCUGCUCAGACUCAAGUGACACCACAGGAUCAUGAGAAGGCUGCACUGAUUAUGCAGGUACUCCAAUUGACUCCAGAACAGAUUGCCAUGCUACCUCCGGAGCAGAGACAGAGUAUCCUUAUCCUGAAGGAACAGAUUCAGAAAUCUGCAGGAGCCCCUUGAGAAUGCAUUUUAUGGGUUGCCUGCAUCUGGAGAAGUCUCAGUUUUCCUGGUUACCCAUUACAGUGGCAGCUUAUCACCAGGGAGUCCUUUAGUCAUCAUCUUUAUUUGCUUCAACGUACUGAAGGAGAGAAAACAAUCCAAAGGACUGUCGUCAUAAAAUGGAAACACUGUUUCCUAAAUUGGUGAACUCUCUGUAAAAAUGCAUCAAAAAAAUUUAAUGGGAGGAAGUGAAAAGAGACCAUAUUUAUAGGAUUUGCAGUUUUUGUUCAUUCUGUAGUGGUUGAAAUUAUUUUCCAUUUGAAAGAGGAAACUAGAGAAUAAUUACUGGCUGCUUCAAGGUGUUAAGUUUUGAAAUGAUCAGGAAGCCAGGCAUUAUACUAAGGGAAGAACCAUCAUUCAGACCUGGUUUAAUUUGAAAAGCAGUGCACAUUCAAGUGGUCCUGAUUGUUUCCUCCCUGCUUCAAGGUCCAUUUCCUUGUGAACUCCCACAGCCUUUGGUAAAGAUGUACUGCUUUACCAUAUGAUUCCACUGCAUGUUAGCGUUGAGAAUCUUACAGUUGCAUUGUUUGUUUCUUGAUCUCUUUUGCUCUCACUCUCACCCUGUGUCUCACUCUUUCUCUCACACACGCACACACACACACAUCGGCCAUAUCGUUUGAGGAUGCCAAAUGUAUCUUGGCAGUAAAAUCCAGUUGAGUUCUCAUUUGUUGUUGAGUAUGUUGGAGAAAAGUGAUGUUUCUGCAGCAAUUUUUACAUAAAAAUGAAUCAAAGCUC